AGGAAAACGUUACUGGCACAAAUUGCAAUGUAGAAGAGACUAUGGUGGAUCAAAAUGUUUUCCAUGCUCAGGAACAAAAUGACUCAUCAGAUGACAUCCAAGAAAUCAAGCAGAUUUUUAUGAAUAAACAUAGAAAUGUGAGCAAGAAUUGGCACAUUCCUUCUUCUUUUCCAAGUGAAACAGUUAUAUCUGCCUAUUCUUGUCCUCAAGUGGACAAGUCAACGGAUCCAUUUGCUUGGGGAAAGCCAGAUCAUCUUGUUCUUCGCAAAUUGUGCUGGGAGAAGUUUGGCUGGACUAGUCAGAAAGCAGAUGAGUUGCUUUUACCUGUUUUAAAAGAAUAUAACAAGCAUGAGACUCAACUGCGAUUGGAAGCAUUUUAUAGUUUCAAUGAAAGAUUCGCAAAAAUUCGCAGUAAGCGAAUUAAGAAAGCAGUGAAAGGAAUCACUGGAAAUCACUCUUCAGAGUUGACAAAUGAAUCUGCGGAGAACUUGCUGUCAAAGAGUGGGAAGAAUGAUACAGGAAUUCCUGCUGAACUUGGGAUUAGCAUAUCAGAGACUUUUAAGGAAACAGGAGAAAGCGUUGCUGACAUGAAGCCAUUGAAUUUGAAACAGUCAAGGAAAAGGAAGAAUUCUCGUGAUACUGUUGCUAAGACACAGUCAAGGAAAAAGGGUAAAUUGAAUGCUCCUGCCACAGCUUCUGGUCUGACUGAGGUAGAUGUGCAGACAGGAGAAGAGCCAACUCAGCCAAGAGAUGGGGGUGGUUUGAGAAGUAGCAAAGGCAGAGGCAAAGGUGUGGGAGUUCAAAGAGGAAGGAGGAAGAGAAGUCUUGGUUUUGAUUCACGUAAAACUACAUCUAGUGAUAGUGACAGUGAUGACCAUGAGUCCGAAGUGCAUGGUAGAAACUCAAGAGGGACAGAAGAGGUGCGAAGGUCUAUGCGUUCUCGGAAGAUUGUCAACUAUUCCAUGGACAACGUUGAAAUUGAAGAUGCUGAUGCCUCAAUUGAUCUGAGCAACAAGACAGACUUGAACGAAGAGCCGAUAGAUGAAAUAUUUUCUGGGAUGCAUGGUGUUUGUGGCAAUGCUGACUCUGGUUUCAGCGGACACAAGGAAAACACAAUAAAUCUUUCUCCAAAGAAGGAUUUGUCUAGAAGCUAUCUGGAAUCAAGUGGGGGUUUCUGUACUGAUGGAGAAAAAACUAAUGCAGGAGCGAACAAUUUUGAUAGCUCUCGUGAUGCCGACUACUGUAAAGUGGGCGGUGGAUUUUGCCUCGAUGAGGAUGAGACAGGUAGCAAACAUAAUGAAAUUCACGACGACAACUACCUAAGAGAGGGAGGUGGAUUUUGCCUAGAUGAUGAUGAGACAGGUGGCAAAUGUAAUGAAAUUAAUGACAACUCGGCAACUAUGGUAGAGGAUAGUGCAGAGCUCACUCAUGGUUCUUCUGGUUUUGUGGAUGAGGCUGAAUGUGAUAAAAAUAUUACUUGUCAAUCAAGUUCAGCCGAUAAAGCAUCUGGAAUUGAACUGCAAGAUAGAGGAACAACUAAACACAAGAUUGAGAUGAAUCAUGACUGUAAUUAUGAUCAGUCUGAGUCUGACACUGGGGUUUUCAUGUCAGAGAAUGCUCAUGGCAAUACCGAGAACGCCACAGCAGCAUUCAGAGUCAUGUCGGAGAAUGCUCAUGGCAAUACCGAGAACGCCACAGCAGCAUUCAGAGCGAUGCCUUUUCUAAGAAAGAAAAGGAGGAAGAGCUGAGGCACCUCCGAAAGGGAAGCCUUGAAGAUUUGCUGGGUUUGGGGAUGGAGAUUUGAGCCAAUGAGUAUUCUCUUUUCUGGGUUGAAUAGCAGUGGGGGAUGGAAGAAGAUGAGGGCAUUUGGAUAUUUUCGCUAAUUUCUUUUUUUUGAUUUAGGUCUUAAUUUUUUUUGUUUAAUCCCAUACCAUACCAAAUAUAAUUUUAAAGUUUAUUUCUUUUAUCAAUCCCAUAAAACUCAAUACUUCGUAUCAAGUAGGGCCACAAUUUCUAAUGACUAAGUAAAGAAUUUGAAUUG